AUGGUCGAAAACUGCUUAUGCUCAACGGGAUUCUACCACGUCUCUAGAAUUGGGUUCAUAAAAGGAUUUUAUCCCUUAUUAGCUGCUUUGGUGAGGUGGAGGCCAGAAACCCAUACCUUUGUAUUGCCGGUGGGUGAGGUUACUGUGACACUGGAAGAUGUCGCUCAAACAUUUGGCCUACUCAUUGAUGGAGAGCCUGUGAGCGGCUGGACAGAUAGUAGUGGCGACUUCCUACAGAGUCAAAGCAUCGCGAUAUUCGGUCGCGAACCGGUUGUCAGUAGUUCUUCGAAAUCUUUUACAAAGAUGGGUUGGGUUCGGGGUAUCAGAGACGCAGAGCCAUUGGACACCGAGAAGUCUAUUAAGAGAUAUGUCAUAUGCCAGAUUUUCUAUUUGUUGGGUUCGACCCAAUUCACGGAUAAGUCGACCGCAUAUGCUCACGCAAAGUAUCUACCGUUGCUUCGCGAUUUCGAGUGGAUCCAUACUUAUAGUUGGGGGUCAGCUUGUCUCGCGCAUCUUUACAGGGCACUAUGCCAUGCAUCACGGUGGAGUCAGUCCUAUCGGAGCUCAGCGUGGUUAUCGAAGACCAUAGCGAUAUUUAGGCAGGAAAUAGACUACAUGGAUGAGUUUGUGUGGCGGCCGUACGAAGGGUUGAUCAUACCCGACGAGUUACAUGGACACUUUGAGGUGUGUGACAUCGUUGUUCUGUUAGUGUCGUUCGAGUGUGUUGAAUGGCACCAUGCGAACCAAGUGAUGCGUCAAUUUGGGUAUGCACAACCCCCUCCGCCAGUAGCAAGAGACGUUCCAUCGAGAGAAUAUUGCAUCACUCUUCGCGGAAUACAGCUUUAUGACUGGACAGUUUUACAUGGGGGAUGGAUUGAGGAAUGGGGCAACCGUCGGAACACUCAGUUGCAGUAUCUGCACCCCCUUCCGACUUAG